AUGGCGGGGUCGGACACGCUGCAAGAAGAGGUAUGGCAGGAUAGAGAGAUCAAGUUCGACCAGAUGCCGCAGUUAUUGAAACUCCGAAAAGGUGAGUUUCAGAUCGACUCAAUUAACUCGGUGGAGGACACCAAGGGCAACAAUGGCGAGAGGGGGAUCCUCAUUGUCACCAACCUCAGGCUCAUUUGGACCUCGGCCAAGUAUGCACGGACGAAUUUGAGUAUUGGCUUCAACUGCGUCUCGAGCGUGAAUAUCCGCACGGUGAACUCGAAGCUUCGUGGGAACAGCCAGGCGCUCUAUGUCAUGACGCGCUACAACUCCACCCGCUUCGAGUUCAUCUUCACAUCUCUGGUGAAGCACAGCCCGCGGCUGUUCACCACAGUCCAGGCGGUCUUCAAAAGCUAUGAGACCACCAAGCUCUAUAGAGAUCUGAAACUUCGGGGCGCCAUCAUCCGCGAGAAGGAGCUCAUCAUGCUCCCGAACGAGCAGGUGUACGAGAAGAUCAACGGCAUUUGGAACCUCUCCUCCGACCAAGGCAACCUGGGGACCUUCAUCAUCACCAACGUGCGCACUGUGUGGUUUGCCGUGCUGGCCGAGAACUUCAAUGUCUCCAUUCCGUACCUGCAGAUGAAGAGCAUCAACGUGAGGAACUCCAAGUUUGGGCAGGCCCUGGUUAUCGAGACCACUGCCGCCAGCGGAGGCUACAUCCUCGGCUUCCGCGCGGAUCCGGUGGAGCAUUUGGAGGAGGUCUACACCCAGAUUUACAACCUCUGGAAGAUCUUUAGCGUCACCCCCAUCUUCGGCGUGGACUUCGCGGUGGAGGAGAAGCCGACCGAUGCGAAGGAGAACUUCGUGCCCCGGCAGGAGGAUGACGUGCAGAUCGUGGAGGGGGACGACAUUGAGCCAUGCUUGCUGUACCAGCCGGACGGCGAGAAGGAGAUCGACCGGGAGCCCGCGUUCAAUGCCGAGCGGGCGGCCACGGAAACACCAAAACACGGGGCGAGCGGGGAACGGAUUGAAGAAACCUGA